AUGGGCGGUCGAGAGCGUUCCGCAGGAAACGAUGCUUUUCAAAUUGACGGUGCGACCGCCUUACGGGCUCUCAACCAAAUCUUUCAGGAUGCUCCGCAGAGCACCAAUUGCUUUUGCGUGUUCAUCGACGGCCUUGAUGAAUUCCAGGACCCAGAUGGGUGGAUCAGUCCGACUUGGUCGACCUGCUCUACAAAUGGGCAUCUGCAGGGUAGUCCAGUGUCAAAUUAUUUGUCAGAGCAGACGGCCUUCUGCAACAAAUUUGCGCCGGAGCUCACGAUUCGCCCACACGAUCUUACGCGGUACGAUAUGGAACGAUUUGUGGAGGAAAGACUGCAAAAGGUUCCGGACGUUGAAUUCAAACAAAAGCUGAUUCGGACUAUCCCUCAAAAGGCUGAAGGUGUGUUCAUCUGGGCCAAGCUCGUUGUUGGAGAGAUACGGGAGGAUUUGAAUAUGGGCGAUGCAGUUGAUCUCGACUUGAGCAUACUCGAUCGUUUCCCAGCUGGCCUGCGACCGCUUCUCGACAGAACGGUGGCAAUCAUCCCCGAAAGACACCGUCGUAACGCGUAUCUUGUCUUCGCCAUACGUCCGGUGAUGGUGCGACUUAUAAUCCCUUGUUCCGUCGUUGCGCUCUUUUUCAGACAUGACUAUUGCAAAAACCGCCAGUUUGCAUCUACACUUACCCCUCUGAAGUGGCAACUAGAAAUAGUGGUAGACGCAGAUACGGUCAUCGAUUCUGAUGACGAGCGUGUUGAUAAAGCCGAGACCCAGCUUCGAACCUGGUGCAGGGGGCUGGUGGAGGUGUUGAUUGUUCACCCGGGUGCUUCGGCACGGAGCACUUGGGGUCUAGGUACUGGUAUCAGUUACCCGUCACGGAUGCUACUGCAUCAAACCUAUAUUUCACACAGAACAGUCUCGGAAUAUUUCCAGGAGGCUGUGGUUCAAGAUGUUCUGCUCAAAGGCGGAGUGACGAGAGAUACCACUCAUGACGCCAUUUCGCAGAUGCUCCUCGCCGAAUUCUGCCACUGCGGCCCUCUCUCCCGUAUAUGCCACCGUGGCUGGAUGAAACAGCUGCUCCUUCUUCGACAGAAACAUUCUUUAGACAGUCCGCCGUUUGUGUUCUUGGAACGCCUGCAAAAUGUCAUGACCCGCAAGCAAGUGGUAAUGCGGUUUAUCCUUGCCGAACAGAGGGGAAAGCAGCACCUGGAGCUGAAUCUCAACAAGGACCACGAUUCGUCUCAAACUCGAGGCGAGAUAAUUGACAUUGGAACCAUCGCAAUGAGCGAAGUGCCAGGCAUGCCGUGGUGA